CAUUAUUACUGGAACUUUAAUUAGUUGCCUGCAUUACAUACGUGUAUCACCAUAUGUGAAGCACCUUGAGAUUUGACAUAACUUUGGAAAAUAUCACCUCAACAUGACUGGAAUGCUCCUUUUCAAUCGCCCUACAGGAUUUGAUUGGAAGAACUUCUUUGAAAAAGCCCCAAGCAUGACGAAGUUGUUUGACGAGAUCAGCCAGCAGCUGGACUUCUCUAGCUGUGGAGAGGAGGGGAGCAGCAGUGACCACAGCUCUGAUGACUGCACCUUCAGGAUUCGAAGUCCCAGGAUUCGAAGUCCCAUGAUCCGCAGUCCCAGCUCUGCGUGCAGGACGCCCAGGGUGCGACGCCACUGCAGAGGAAGCAACACCUUAUGUUCCCCUAUACAGUGCACCAGCCCCAUACCUUACGCUUCCUGGAGCAAACUGAGGCUCUGUGAUUCUCCCAGCACACCCAAGAGCCUACUCUCAAAGUCAUCCCAGCCUUGCUCCAGCACUAAGAUGGGUCGCCCUCAGAGGUCCCUGUGUUUCGCCUCAGCUGCUGCUAACCUCACCCAGGCUCCUUCUGUCAAUGUGAAUCCAUUCACCCCCAACACAGUCCGCAGGAACAGCGAGCAGCAGUGGAAGAACUGGUCUAGGAGUGAUGAUGAUUAUGGACGCAGGUUGAAACACAGCCUAACGUCAUCUGAGGAGGAUGAUGAAGCCUUUCUCCCACCAAAGAGGCGAGCUAUCCAAGCCUUCAUGCUGUCGCGCUAUGAGAGUGAGUUCCUGGAGCUGGAGUGCAUUGGCGUGGGCGAGUUUGGGGCAGUUUACAAGUGUGUGAAGAGGCUGGAUGGUUGCUUCUACGCCAUAAAACGCUCUCGCCAACCCCUGGCAGGCUCUGCUAAUGAGCAACUGGCCCUAAAGGAAGUGUAUGCGCAUGCUGUUCUUGGGCACCACCCACAUGUUGUUCGCUAUUAUUCAGCAUGGGCAGAAGACAGUCACAUGAUUAUUCAGAAUGAAUACUGUGAUGGUGGAAGUCUCAGUGACGUCAUUGUGACGAAGGGGGUGCAGGGUGAGCUUUUCAAAGAGGAUGAGUUGAAGGAUCUGCUCUUACAAGUGUCUAUGGGGCUAAAGUACAUCCACAGCACAGGCCUCGUACACCUGGACAUCAAACCAAGUAAUAUAUUCAUUUGCCAGCCUCCUAGCAUAAGUGCAGUGGGUGAGGGGGAGAGUGAGGAGGAAGAUGACGGAAGAACUUCAGCAGGAGUAGUCUACAAAAUUGGGGAUCUGGGUCAUGUGACGUCAACCAAUAGUCCCCAAGUUGAAGAAGGGGACAGCCGCUUCCUGGCCAGCGAGGUCCUGCACGAGGAUUACAGCCACCUGCCCAAGGCAGACAUCUUUGCUCUGGGCCUUAUGAUUCUGCUGGCAGCCGGUGCUCCUCCACUACCUCAAAAUGGAGCAGAGUGGCACAGCCUUAGAGAAGGGCAGCUCCCAAAACUGCCAAAGGAACUAUCGCCUCCCUUCAGAGACCUUCUUCAGUUGUUGCUGGAUCCAGACCUGACAAAGCGUCCAUCUGCCAGGGAGCUGUGCAAACACACAGUCUUGCGGGACGAGAGGACUGGGAGGGAGGCCGUUGAGCUACGCAGAGAGCUCAAUGUAGAGAAGUUCAGGACAGCCAUGCUUGAAAAAGAGCUCCAGGAGGCUCGACAGGCAGCUUUGUCACCCAAGCAGAUCCUCCCUCCUGGGCGGAAACCCGCUGCUAAGAUGGGGUCACUACCCAGAGCAAGGAGGCUUGUUGGUGGGAAGAUUGCGCGAUCCAUGAGCUUUGGUUGCACAGGGUACUGAGUCUGAUGGGACAUCAUGAGGCCUACAUGCCUGUACGAUAUGUGAUGCCUUCUGCAACCAGGCUGUGUUUAAAGGGGUAAAGUGUCUCUAGGAGAAGACAGUGAGACAAUAUUCCCUAUACAGCAAAGUCUCAGAACUGUGGACAGCAUUUGUUUUAAAGGAUAAAUCUGACGGACUCAAACACCUUUUCAAGUUAUUUUCUGGCAGAGGCGAACUGUAACUGAUGCAGACCAACGUGUUUUUUUUUUAAACUGUAAAUAAACAUUUUAAGCAUUUUA